UCCGGCGCGACCCGGAUGCGCGUCGCCGGGCCGGGGCCGCCGUCCCCACGUGUGAUUGAGGGAGGCGCAGCCGGGAUGUCGGUGUCGGUGGCCGCGGGCAACCUGCCCAUGCGGCUGCUCCGCAAGAAGAUCCACAAGAGGAACCUGAAGCUGCGGCAGCGCAAUCUGAAGUUGCGAGCUGCCGAGCAGGAAGGCCGGGCCUCGCUGGGCUCCCCGGAGGAGGACGAGGAGGUGAAGGAGGCGGCGGCCCCCGAGGCGGAGGCAGAGGCGGGUGAGCAGGCAGCGCCGAGCCUUGAGGCCUCUGGGGCCAAGAAGAAGAAGAAAAAGAAGAGGAAAGCUGCGGCUGGCCCCGAGGGAGGCACAGAGACUAAGAAAGCAAAAGCUGAAGAAGACGUACCUGUGGAGGCAGAAGGUGAAGACGGGCAGGAUUCUGGAGAGAAAGAAGCAGAAGAGGAGGAUGAAGUGCCCAGUUUACCUCUGGGUCUAACAGGUGCCUUCGAAGACAAUUCUUUUACUUCCCUUGCUGGUCUUGUAAGUGAGAAUACAUUGAAAGGCAUCAGUGAUAUGGGCUUUACACACAUGACAGAAAUUCAGCAUAAAAGUAUUAAACCUCUUUUGGAAGGCAGGGAUAUUUUAGCAGCUGCCAAAACAGGCAGUGGCAAAACACUUGCAUUUCUCAUUCCUGCAGUAGAGCUCAUCUACAAGUUAAAAUUCAUGCCUAGAAAUGGGACAGGUGUUAUUAUUCUUUCACCUACUCGAGAACUUGCCAUGCAAACCUAUGGAGUUCUUAAAGAACUUAUGAAUCAUCAUGUUCACACCUAUGGUCUGAUCAUGGGGGGCAGUAACAGGUCAGCAGAAGCUCAGAAACUUGGAAAUGGAAUCAACAUAAUUGUAGCAACACCAGGAAGACUUCUGGAUCAUAUGCAGAACACUCCAGGUUUCAUGUACAAGAACUUGCAGUGUUUGGUGAUUGAUGAGGCAGAUCGAAUCUUAGAGGUUGGAUUUGAAGAAGAAAUGAAACAGAUCAUAAAACUUCUACCAAAGCGCAGACAGACGAUGCUGUUUUCUGCUACGCAAACCAGGAAGGUGGAAGAUCUAGCCAAGAUCUCUCUGAAAAAGGAGCCACUAUAUGUAGGAGUUGAUGAUAACAAGGAGACAGCAACAGUAGAUGGUCUUGAACAGGGCUAUGUAGUGUGUCCAUCUGAGAAAAGAUUCCUUUUGCUCUUCACGUUCCUGAAGAAGAACCGGAAGAAGAAACUAAUGGUAUUUUUCUCUUCGUGUAUGUCAGUGAAGUACCACUAUGAAUUACUCAACUACAUUGACUUGCCUGUUUUGGCUAUUCAUGGCAAGCAGAAACAAACGAAACGUACUACGACAUUUUUCCAGUUCUGUAAUGCAGAAUCUGGAAUCCUGUUGUGCACUGAUGUAGCUGCCAGAGGAUUAGAUAUUCCUGAGGUGGACUGGAUUGUCCAGUAUGACCCUCCAGAUGAUCCAAAAGAGUAUAUUCAUCGUGUUGGUAGAACUGCCAGAGGUAUAAAUGGUAGAGGACAUGCUCUGCUCAUUUUACGUCCAGAAGAACUGGGCUUUCUUCGUUACCUGAAACAAGCCAGGGUACCACUCAGUGAAUUUGAGUUUUCCUGGUCAAAGAUUUCAGAUAUCCAGUCUCAGCUGGAGAAACUGAUUGAGAAGAACUACUUCCUUCACAAGUCAGCCCAGGAAGCAUACAAAGCUUACAUUAGAGCUUAUGACUCCCAUUCUCUGAAGCAGAUCUAUAACGUGGGUAACUUGGAUCUUAACAAAGUCAGCCUCUCAUUUGGCUUUAAAGUCCCUCCAUACGUUGACCUCAAUGUGAACAGCAACCAAGGCAGAAGACUACAGAAAAGAGGUGGAGGUGGAGGAUUUGGUUACCAGAAACCAAAGAGUGUCCACAAAGCUAAAAUCUUCAAACACAUCAGCAAGAAAUCAGACAAUCGACAGUUUUCUCGUUAAUUGUGCAUUCAUUACAGUGGCUUUUUGCUUUGGUGCAGACUACCUUGAUCGAAACUGUCUGGCAGUUACUUCCAUUUUAAACUUCUCUGCUGAUGUUUUAGGAAAAGAAAAGUUUUUGUUUCAGAGUUUCUUAAUGUUUCAUUUCAGGAAGACACUUUGGAAAAGAGAAUACAGAGAGAUAGCCAAACUUGUUGUAAAGAGGAAGGUGGAUGAAUGUAAUUAUUUCAACUCAAUGAUUUAUUAAAGAAAGAAUAUUUUCAACUUUUUGUAGACAAAUUUGCUGUAUGUAUACCCUUUUUACACCCCUGGAAGUUGUCAGAGUAGACUGAAUGCAGGGACAGAUUCCAAUGUGAGAUGACUUGCAUAGCAAGAGACUUCAGUAUGCUAAGAAAUGCAGUUCAUAGGUGCCUGAAAAUAUUUUUUAAGUGUAAGCAAAUAAAGGGAUUUUUGUUCACAAGGAUCAUUGCAGGGUGUCUUAGUGGUACAGAAUUCGUUGUCCAUCAGACAUGGUGAAGAAUAUGUUCUUUUCCAAAAGAAUCAUUCAUUGUAUGUUGUUGAAUCUAAUUGACUGAGCUUGUAGUUAUUUUAAUUCAUGGCAUCUGAGUAGCAAAUAUAGUGUCUAAGAUUAAAAAAAAAAAAAACAAAACAACAACCUCUUAUACUACAUCUGAGUCAUGCUUAGAAUUACUUCUUUAAUAUUGUGAUAAAACAGUAACAUUCCAGUGAAUUACUUGUUUUUCCUCUUUUGUCUAUUUAAAUCUGUUAAUGUCUAGUGUAUUAUCUUAUGAAUAGGCAAAGAAAAUUAAGAAAAGCACAUUGCGUGA